AUGGAGAUCAAAUACAGUACCAGCUUCUGGAAUUUGUUGGUCGAUGUUUUCAAGCUUGGUGGAGCAGCCUUUGGUGUUUCUUUCGUCAAAUGGAUAGCUUGCUCCGCUGCCAUAUAUUCAUCGUUAGCCAUUCAGGACAUCACAUCGUGGGGCUUUAUACCACCAACAAGACCCAAAUCUCGAAAACCCGGGAGAAAGAAGACUGAUUCUGAAGAAACUCAGACCCAACGUGUGGCUAGGCUGAGCUUAGAUGAGAAAGCAUCUAAGAUAAGGGAACUGUGCCAACAGUUCAUCUCAAGAAGCAACCUUUGCGCAAGUCAGUUCCAAGAUUACCAUCUCAGAAAACAGUUUUCUCAUAUGGAAAACUCGCUUCAGCAAAGGUGAAACCUGAAAAAAAGAAAGUUGAAAAAGAUGGAGAAGCCCUGAAACAGUCUUCAAAUCCCAUAGAUGAGGAAGUACAAGGGAAUGUAUCAUCAUCCAAUGUUGAUGCAGAAAAUUCACAUGAGAUUGUAUCUUCACGGAGGUAUGAAGAAAGAGCUUAAUCUAUUUGAGCAUUAAGACUCAUAACUUGCAAUUAAUGAGGACAUGAGAAAAAGAAACAGUAUGAUAUUUAAUAUGCGAGAAGAAAUGGGUCAAAGAAUGAAAAGAGUCGUGGGUUUGGUUCUAAAUGUUAGUUGCUUUUUGAUAGAAUUACUUCUGAGAAACAAAGCAUGUGAUUUUGGAGUUAUAAGAUGUAUCGAAAUCUUUAUAUUCUUAUGCAUUCAUUGCUUAAACUCUCUGAAAAAGAUAUUUUUAGUGAUUUAUACAUAUGCAACCUCAAACUAUAAUGUCGGCCAAAGAUUUAUCUAACCCCAAUUAUGGUUU